CAAAGUUUAACUUCACAACUCAUCUUCAUAAAACCCUUAAUAGAAUUCACCAUCUUGCUCUAUUUUCCUUUAGAUUUUAUAUUCUUGGUAGAUAGAGGACUCCUCCUAUGCAAGGUGACUCCAAUAAUACUGUGUUACCAACCUCCGGUCAUGUCGUCGUCACCGCCACUAUGGUCCAUGAAGGUGGCCAAGUCGGCGCUGCUGUUGCUGCCACUGCUCCAAAUAAUUUAUCAGGUGAAGAAGAUAAGAGUAUUAUUAGGGUUGAUGAAGGUGACCAGAUGAGCUACGGUUCAAACCGGUGGCCAAGACAAGAGACUUUGGCCUUGUUGAAGAUAAGGUCUGAUAUGGAUUCUGUGUUUCGUGACUCAAACCUCAAAGGUCCAUUAUGGGAAGAAGUUUCCAGGAAACUAGCUGAGCUUGGUUAUCAUCGAAGUGCCAAGAAAUGCAAGGAGAAGUUCGAGAAUGUGUACAAGUAUCACAAGCGAACCAAAGAAGGCCGAACUGGUAAAUCCCAAGGCAAAACUUAUAAAUUUUUCGAUCAAUUACAGGCUCUCGAAAAUCACCAUUACCAAUCCCAGUUACCAUCACCACCAACACAGCCGCCGCCAAAACCUCAACCUCCGAUCAUAGCAGCUGCUACAUUGCCUUGGUCUAGUAAUCCUCCUAGUGUUUCUCAUGCAACUGUUCCAUUAAAUAAUUUUACAGCUCCAUCACCUGACCCUGCAAUCAAUGCUAUGCCAAUAUCUUCAUCACAACCUUUAAAUCCUUCUCAAACAAAUUUCCCAUCUUUUCAAAACCUUACUUCCCAUCUUUUUUCUAGCUCUACUUCCUCCUCCACAGCUUCCGACGAAGGGUUUCAGGGAACUCGAAAGAUAAAGAAGAAGAGAAAAUGGAAGUAUUUCUUCGAGAGGCUAACUAAGGAUGUUAUCAAGAAGCAAGAAGAGUUGCAGAGGAAGUUUUUGGAAACAGUAGAGAAACACGAACUCGAAAGAAUGGCACGCGAGGAAGCUUGGAGAAUGCAAGAGAUGUCAAGAAUUAUUAGAGAACAUGAAAUUUUCGUCCAUGAACGGACCACUGCUGCUGCUAAAGAUGCUGCUGUUAUUGCAUUCUUGCAAAAGAUAUCGGGACAACAAAACUCGAUACAAAUUCUAGAUAUUCCACAACCACCAACUUCAGUAGCGGCACCAGUUCCAUCUCCAGCUCCGUUGCCGGCACCGACACACGUAAACGCGACGGCGCCACCACAGCCUAGGCCAGCACCACCAGCUCCUUGUGUAUCAGUAGUAAUGGAUUAUUGGGAUGUUAUGAAGAAGGAUAAUGGACAGACUGAUGAUAUAUUAAGAUCUUCAAGGUGGCCGAAAGUUGAAGUUGAAGCUCUGAUUAAUCUUAGAACCAAUCUUGAUACUAAGUAUCAAGAAAAUGGUCCUAAAGGAAAUCUAUGGGAAGAGAUCUCAUCUGGGAUGAAAAAGCUUGGAUAUAACAGGAGUUCAAAGAGAUGCAAAGAGAAAUGGGAAAAUAUAAACAAGUAUUUCAAGAAAGUGAAAGAAAGCAACAAGAAGAGGCCAGAAGAUUCUAAAACAUGUCCAUAUUUCCACCAACUCGAUGCUCUAUACAAGGAAAAAAGCAAGCCUAAUGAGAGUAAUAAUUUGUCCAACUAUGGUGGUCACGCUUCACUUCAUCAUCCCAUAACCACAAUGGAGCCCUUAAUUGCACGGCCGGAGCAGCAGUGGCCUCUUCAACAGCAGGAGAAAAUAUUAAUGGAUCUCGACGCCGAUAUUGAAGAUGACGAUGAUGACAACGACGGAGACACCGAGGAAGAAGAUGAGGGAGGAGGAGGAAGUUGUUUUGAGGUAGUAGCAAGCAAGCCUGCAACUUCACUGGGCAAUGCAAGGUUAUAAAUUAAAUGAAGAAAUGGCGAAGAGGGUUAAAAAAAUCUCCAAAUUGAAACUAAACUUAAUGAGGAAGAAGAAGCAGUCUGAGACAAAAUGGCCGGGCUGUGAAUAUAGAUCUUCCGAUAGUGGAUGGAUGAAGAUGCUGAAGCUGUUGUUUGUGGCAGCCACCUCUUUGAUUAACUUAAUUUAUGUGCCCAUUCACAUGGGUUCCAUUUCUAUAGUGGGAUGACCAAUAUUGGUUUGUAAUUUAUUUUUUCUUUUUUCUAUUUCUGUUUGAAAAUUAAAAUAAAUUAUUAUUUGGAGCUAUAUAGAGAAACUGGGUAGGGAUGAAAUUGCACAAAAUAAAGAAAUUAAAUAGAAUAAUCAGUCCUAAUUUGUAUUU